AUGACGCAGGAAGAGGCGCCAGCGGGACUUUGAUUUCAGAUUUAUAAUCGUAACACUAAAACUAAAAGUUUUGUGCAUUUCUUAAAUAGCUGUUUCUUUCAGUUUACCAGACAUGGCCCUACAUGUUGAAGCAGAUUUACCACCUGGAGUUGCAUGUCUGAAAAAUGUGGAUGCCCUUCUUCGGUGUCCUAUUUGCUUUGACUUUCUCAACAUUUCAAUGAUGACGAAAUGCUCUCACAACUUUUGCUCCUUAUGCAUCAGGAAAUGUCUUUGCUAUAAGAUGCAGUGUCCUGUUUGCAAUGCACAAGCAACAGAGCAAGAUCUAAGAACCAACCGUUUAUUGGACGAGCUGGUUGUUAACUUCCAGGCUGCAAGGCAGCAGUUGUCAAAAGCACAUUUUGACACUUCUCCAAUAUCCCCAAGUGCCCCAGCUUCAGCUGUCGAAUGCAGAACUCCCAAACGGAGGGGCCAGAAGUGUAACCGUGCUGUUUUGAGUAACUUUUUCCAAAAGAUGCCUAAAACAUCUCCCGCCAAAAAAAACCGGCACGAUGCUUCUGAUUCUCAUUUAACUCGGCGGGGGAAAAUACAGACUGUACGCACCGACAAUGCAAAUGACGCUGACCUACAUUCAGCAAAUGCACGACUUCCAGUGGUUGUGAAGGAAGAGCCGAAUGAUUAUGAGGAGGAGUCAUCUAUCCAGAAAUUGAUGUCAGUCAAACAGGAGGCUGCAGUAGUCCCGCACAGUAUCAGCACCGGGCAUGCAAUGGCACAUUCCUCGUCACUAUCGAAUGACAUAAAGCCCGUAAUCAAAGUGGAGUGCCCUGUGUGCUCUGUAAGUGUGCUGCAACAGUUUAUCAACAAGCAUCUGGACACGUGUCUGACCAGUGGAGACAGGAAGGAAAGCAUGAGGAGCUCUUUAUGCAAUACGAGACGUCCAAUGACGAAGGUGGUGUACAACCUGCUGUCCAUGCAGGAGCUGAAGAGGAGGCUGAAGAAGUGCCAUCUCUCAAUGCAGGGUCCUCGAGACCAGCUGAUCAAAAGAUACCAGGAGUUCGUCCAGAUAUACAACGCCCAGUGUGAUUCACUAAACCCAAAACCAGCUGAAGAUAUUGCCAAAGAUUUAGAGUCCAACGAGAAGAUCAGGAAUCAACUGAAGGCUAAAACCAAACCUGUCAUGGUUUUCACAAAGAAUCAGUCUGAGAAGGAUAUUGAUGACGUUCACUCCAACUACAGGAAGCGGCACAGCAGUGACUUUUCACGCCUGAUUGCUCAGGUUCGGGGUCGCUUAGAGACCACCAGGCAGACUCGUAUCAAACGGGAAGACAUUGUGGAAGGAGACGAUGCACAGAAAACAAAGGCUGCAGGAUCAAUAAAGGGCUCAGUGAUGAAAGCAGAAGACAAAGAAUCUGACGAGGAGCCACCUGCAAAAAUAAUGGAAUGGUCCUCCAGCCCCGCCCACAGUGAAGUGUCCAUCAGCAGUUCCAUCUCAGACAUCUUUGGUCCGGAGGCUGUCAGUAACCCUCAAGACAUGGAGGGGAAACCAGGUCAAAAGAGAGCAUCGAGCACGAGAGAAGACGAUGCAGCAUCCUUGCCCGUCAGUGGAAAACGACGGCGGAAAACAACGAUGUAAAAGAUGUCAAUUAAAUACAUUUUUGAGUGAAAUUCAAGCAAAUUAUGAAGUGAUGCACUUUAUGAUCUUUCUGGUUCCGGCAUUUCAUUUGUGUGACUUUCUGAAGUUGCGUUAUUUACAUCAUGUUAUGGUAUUAUGUAAUGUUUAGAAUUGUUACAUUCUUUACGGUCUUGUGAUCCACGUUGAGCUGUUGCCAUAUCAUCACAUUUUUCCAGGACCAAGAGGACUAUAUAAAUGUUACUUGUUCUAAGUUUCAGUGUAAUAUGGAUUUUAUUCUGAAAUAAACUUGUUGAAUUCUG